GCCACCCCUGGGAAACAGUAACGACGGCUGCCAUGCAGAAAUACCCAAAUCCCAUGAACCCCAGCGUGGUUGGAGUCGAUGUCCUGGACAGACACAUAGAUUCCAGUGGAAAGCUGCACAGCCACCGGCUCCUCAGUACGGAAUGGGGAAUUCCCUCCAUUGUGAAAUCGCUCAUUGGCACAUGCAGAACAAAGACAUAUGUUCAGGAGCACUCUAUAGUUGACCCAGUGAGAAAAACAAUGGAGCUUAAGUCCUGCAAUAUUUCAUUUACAAACCUAGUGUCAGUAGAUGAGAGGCUUGUCUAUAAACCACACCCUCAUGAACCAGACAAAACCAUUUUGACACAAGAAGCAAUCAUAUCUGUAAAAGGCAUCAGUCUCAGCAGUUACCUAGAAGGCCUAAUGGCAAACACAAUUUCCUCCAAUGCUAAUAAAGGCCGUGAAGCAUUGGAAUGGGUAAUUAACAGAUUGAAUGCUGAAAUUGAAGAAUUCACAGCUUCAGAGAGGAACCAUGAGGAAUUCAAUGGCAGCAGCAGCAUUUGUAGAGAAAUGAUAGUGAAUAUACCUGUAUUACUAACAAGGUUUAACAAUCUGAAGCUUCUCUCCAAACUUAAAACACAGGUAUUCUUUGUUAUUUAAAGACAUACCUGUGUAUUGGGCAUGUUUCAAAUUUAAUUUGGAGAAAAGCUGAAUUAUUACUAAUGAGGCUAAUGCACAAAGCCUAGUUAACAUAUUCGUUCAGCUGGACCGAAUCUGGGUUACAGAUGAAGAAAUGAUUUUCAAGUAUAGUUCCUGUAUUUACAUGAACACUAACCAUGUGUUCAGAUCUGAAACAGCCUCGUUUAGUAAUGAGGUGCAUACGGUGGAGGAGACUGGGAUGUUAGGUUAACUUCUGUGGAAUUUUGUGUGUGUGACUUAUGGACUACCUCUU